AUGAAGCUGAAGCGGCUUCCCUUCUUUUCAGAUGCAGAACAUUGCAGGAGGUGUUCAGAAGAUCAGCACCCAAACAAGGACCGAGACCACUGCAUCCCCAAGGAGAUAACUUUCCUCUCCUAUGAAGAACCUUUGGGGAUCAUCCUGGCUUCCUUUGCCCUGAUUUGGUUUUUAAUCUCAGGCUUUGUGUUAGGAAUCUUCAUUAAAUUCCUAGGAACUCCAAUAGUCAAGGCCAACAACCGGGACCUCUCCUAUGUCCUUUUGUCCUCUCUCCUGUUGUCCUUCUUAUCCUGCCUGCUGUUCAUUGGGCAGCCAAGUAAAGCAACUUGCCUGCUUCGACAAACAGCCUUCAGCAUCAUCUCCUCAGUAGCUGUCUCUUCUGUGUUGGCAAAGACCAUCACCGUGGUGCUGGCCUUCCUGGCCACCAAGCCAGGCAGCAAGGUGAAGAGAUGGCUUGGGAAGAGUCUGGCCAAUUCCAUUGUCAUUUCUUGCUCCAGUGUCCAGCUGGUCCUGUGCUCCAUCUGGCUGGGCAUGACUCCCCCUUUCCCUGAGGAUGACAUGCAUUCUCUGCCUGGGGAGAUCAUUCUACAGUGCAAUGAAGGGUCUGUCUCCAUGUUCUACACUGCCCUGGGCUACAUGGGGCUUUUGGCUGCUGUGUGCUUCACAGUGGCUUUCCUGGCCAGGAAGCUACCAGGGGGCUUCAAUGAAGCCAAGCUGAUCACCUUCAGCAUGCUGGUCUUCUGCAGCGUCUGGGUGUCCUUCUUGCCCUCCUACCUGAGCACCAAGGGGAAGUACAUGGUGGCCGUGCAGGUCUUCUCCAUCUUGGCCUCCAGUGUCAUGCUGUUGGGCUGCAUCUUUCUCCCCAAGUGCUACAUCAUUGUCUUGAGGCCUGAUCUGAAUACGAAGGCACAUCUCAUGACCAAAAGCAUGGUUGCCAUCUCAUUCAUUUUUUACACUGGGAAUGUGACCCUGGAUAUCUACUAA